AUGCUUUUGUGGAUCUGUGGACUUCUGCUUGUGAAGCUUGCAUCAGGACAAUUUCAAUUCUUUACCUUCGAAUCACAAGCACCGUUAGAGGUUCGUUUUGAAUCGUUGGCAGCUCACAUACAAGAUAUGGACAAACAGAUCGCUAGACUACAGAAGAAGGUGGCUGCCCUUGAACAGACGGCUCACGCCGAUUGGAACGCAACUGACAGUGGAUCGCUAUACAAAGUGUUCGAACAACGCAGGACAUGGUCGGAUGCUGAGAACUAUUGUCAGUCACUUGAUGCACACCUUGCCGUUAUUGACAACGAAAGCAAGAACAAUUUCAUCAAAAGACUUAUCAGUGAAAAAAACUUCGAGUAUGCUUGGAUUGGUGUAAAAACAAGAUCCUCAUCGUCAUCAUCACAUGAUACCUUUUCAAAUUUCAACAAGGAAAACCCUAUUGAUGGAUGUGCAGUUAUGGACAUGUCGGGUAUAUGGUCAAUUCAUUCCUGUGGACAGCUGCGUCCAUUUAUUUGUCAAAUGGUGGUGCUGUGA